CGUGUGAAGAAAUUGAGACUGAUCGAGACCGUGUUAUUAGUAAUGAUUCGGAAUAAAUUGUUCACAGUAUUUUGCAGGCUUUGAUUUAUAACGAUCAAGAUGUUUGAAAUGACUUAAGGGAAAGGAAAUAAAACAAUCGACAUGGCCUCGGUCAAGGUAGCAGUAAGAGUGAGGCCCCUUAAUAAAAGGGAGCGAGACAUGGAUGCCAAAGUUUGUAUCCAAAUGGAAGGCAAGAAGACGACAAUCACAAACCCUGGUAGCGAAGACAAAGAUUUUACAUACGAUUUCUCUUACUGGUCUGCAGAUAGUUCAGACCGUCACUUCGCUUCACAGGAACAGGUGUUUGAAGAUUUGGGUACAGACGUGAUACAGGCAGCGUUUGAAGGUUACAAUGCCUGUAUUUUUGCUUAUGGUCAGACAGGGGCUGGUAAAUCUUACAGUAUGAUGGGACAGGAGACUGCACCAGGAUUGAUACCAAGAAUAUGUCAGGGUCUGUACGCUCGCAUGGAAUCAAGUGGCGAUGACAAGACUGAAUUUAGGACUGAAGUUAGUUACCUGGAGAUUUACAAUGAAAGAGUUGGUGAUCUCCUUCGACCGGCUAAAGGAAGAGAGAAAUUCAAUCUCAAAGUGAGAGAGCAUCCAAAGGAAGGUCCAUAUGUACAAGAUUUGACAAAACAUGUUGUUAAAGAUUACGAAGGAAUAGAAAAUCUGAUGGAAGAAGGAAACACAAACAGGACUGUUGCCUCUACAAACAUGAAUGAUGUCAGUAGUAGAUCACAUGCAAUCUUCACUAUUUUAUUCACGCAGGCCAAGUUCUAUACUGACAUGCCCAGUGAAACUGUUAGUAAAAUCCACUUAGUUGACUUGGCUGGCAGCGAGAGAGCAAACUCCACUGGUGCUACAGGAAGCAGAUUAAAAGAGGGAGCUAACAUCAACAAAUCUCUUGUUACAUUGGGAACUGUUAUCUCAGCAUUAGCUGAAGCAAGUGAGAAUUCCAUCAGCAAAGAUCCCAAGAAGAAACUGUUCAUCCCUUACCGCAACUCAGUGUUAACAUGGCUACUGAAAGACAGUUUGGGAGGAAAUGCCAAGACAAUCAUGAUAGCAGCCAUAUCACCAGCGGAUGUGAACUAUUCAGAGACUCUUAGCACGUUACGUUACGCCAAUAGAGCCAAGAACAUCAUCAAUAAACCCACAGUCAAUGAGGUUUGUUAUUUAACUGAAUCAAUGAUUAUGAGUGGAGAUGGGAUGACUUACAUCGGAAGAGAGGAUGCAAAUUUUAAUCCUGAUAUAGUGUUAUCAGGACCUGGUGUUGAAGCUGAACAUUGUAUCAUGGAGAGUAUUGAAGGAACAGUUAUACUUCAUCCUAUCGCCUCCCUGUGCCAAGUGAAUGGGCUUCCUGUGGGCAAGUCACAGCGGAUCAGUCAGGGAGAUGUAAUUUUACUUGGAAAGACCAACAUGUUGCGGUUUAACCAUCCUCAGGAAGCUGCGAAAUUGAGAAAAAAGCGAUACUACGAGUCGAUGGAGAAUUUAGCGGACCUUAGUUCAGAGCCAGAGAGAGAACCUUCUUACAUGUUCUAUAAUGCCGGCUUGGAGCUUGAGCGUCAGUAUCGGGAAGAAACUCGGAGAAUUGAGGAACAAAGACGAUGUCUUGAAACUCAACAGAGAGAGGCUGCUGACAAACUAGAGGAAGCAAGACGUGAACUGGAGUUCCUCCGUUCUCAGCAACAGAGAGCUUCUGAAGUUCGAAGUGCAGAGGAGGUGGAACGAAGAAAGGAACUAGAAGCGAGUCACCAACAGUUAGAACUACAGAAGAAAUAUCUGGAGGAGAUACGAGAAGAACAAGAGCUGGCGCGAAAACGAGCCGAAGAUGAAAUAAGACAGGUGAAGGAAAGGAUCCGUCAAGAACAAGAGGAAGAAAGGCAGCGGCUGGAGGCUGAGAUGCAGCGCCUGGUGGCCCUUGAAGAAGAUCACAGGAAGAAGGUUCAUAUCAAAGAGCAAGAGAUGGGAAGAAUCAAGGAGGACCUGGAGAAAAAGUGGGACCAAGAACGACGACAGGUUGAAAUGCAGAGGGAAGAGGUGGCAAAACUUCAGCAGGAAAUUGAAGCUAAAUCACAAGAACUGGAAGCAGCUGAGCGGGAAGCAAGGGCUGCUGCACAGCGUAACAGCAUCGCAUCUUUAUCUGGAACUCUUAGUCCCUCUGCUAGCAGUGACGCCUUGCAAGGGUCAGCAGAAGGAAGCGAGGAAGCAGCUGAAGCAGCUGCCGAAACAAAAGCAGAAGCGGCUGCUGAAGCAGCUGCUCGGGCGGAGCCUGACGAAAAGUCACAACUUGAGGUACUUCGUGAACGACUUAGGCAGCUGGAGGUUGAUUACGAGGAGCAGCGGAAGGAAGCACAGAGAGAGGUGGCACAGGCUAAAGAUUCUGUCAGGCGAGUGGAGCAGGAAACGUUGGAGGGACUCCGCAGCCUCACUACUGGAAAGUCAGCCAUUGAAGGGGAGUGGCGGCGGCUGGAAGAGGUUCAGGCCAAGCACAAGAGGGCACAGGAACAGUCUUACGCCAAGAUUAGGGACGUACGGGAGAUGCUGGAGAACGCGGAAGAGGUGGAAGAAGCUUCUCUCAUAGAAAAGGAGAAGAUGAUCAUGGAGAGAAGAGCGGCGAGGAUGAAAGUUGAGGAGGCAAGACGGAGGUUGGAAGAGUUAGAAAACGAAGAUAAGGAAAGUGAGUUGACUGAAGCAGAUUUUACCAAAAAGAAAGAACUUCUAGAAUUCGAAACACGGGAAGAAAUAAAAGAUAUCAGGGAGGAACGGAAGAUCAUCAACGAACUGCUGAAUAAACAUCAAACAGCGCUGCAGAAAGCAACGCUAAUGGUGACGGAGACCAAGACUAAGCUUGAAAAACACCUGGAGAGCGAGAAGUUGAUCCUGAUGCCACUGCGAGAGAAGGUUGAGAGCUUGGUAAGGAAUGAACUCGGACCUCUGAUCGAAUACGAACAGGAGAUAGAGAAAAGGUGUGAAGACGUCGAUCGCGAGGGUCGAGAACGCAAGAAGCUCAUUUACAAGCAAAGGAGGCGGAUUGCGUUGCUGGAACGACAGCACAGCCAAGCGCUGCAGCAGGCAGAGAAGGAGACUUUGAACGAAGAAGAGCUGGAGGAGUUGGAGAACGAGAGAGAAGCUGAAAGGAGUUUGAUCAGGAAAGAGAAAGUGCGAUUGCUUGAGCUCGAGAAGAAGCACAAAGAGCAGCAGGAGGUAGCAGAGCUGACGAUUGGAGAAGCUGUACAGGAACUGGAGAAACGGAAGGGUACCGUCAACCAGCUGCUGGAGACCGAGAGGCGGAAACUCGCAGACCUGGAGGCUGUGCAUAAGGAGACGCUGGAGCACGUGGAACAAGAAUUAGAGCAGCGCUCAGAGAUCCUGCACCGAGUUAAGGAUAAAGUACAGAAGGAUAAACGGCAGCUGGCGAAGCUUGAUGUGAGGCAACAACGCUGCGCAGCGAAAGCUGCUGAGGAGUUGUUUCUCAUGGCGGACUUGUUGGAAAAGGAAAUGAGUGAUAAAGGAAAAACAGACGAGCUGUUAAGGAUCAAAGAACAGAGGAAAAAACUGCAGGAACUUGACAAACAAUUGAGAAUGGCGGAGAAGAGGGAAAGAACGUCGCGGGAUGAUCAAGAAAAUCAACAAUGCACUCUGCUAUAGACAUUCCCAACUUUCUCUAAACGUACCUGUGAUUUGAUAUUCGGGGAUAUUCCAAUCUUGUAGCAAAAAGGUAUUUCUGUUAGUUGUUAUAGAAAGAGUUAUUUUGAAGUAAGUAGGAAUCGCAAUAUAUCUAAAAUAGAUUGUCUCCCCGGGAACAGGGAACCUACUGAGUUUAGUUUCCCUUUAGUUUCGUGCGUUGAAGCGAUCUUUUAUUCUCCCUUACAUAUUUAUAGCUAAUGAUAUUUCGCUUUUGUGUGAUGAUAUUAGAAUGUCAAACGAAAGAAAAGGCUUCAACUAAUGUUUUUGCAAUUAUCUUUAUUAUUCGAAAUUAAAAAUCUAUUCAAGAACUUGUUUUGAUAUAUUUACCUUUCAGUUUAAUCGGUAUUUUUUUUUGAGAUGUUAUGUCAAAUGUCGUUGAAGUGACUCCGUAACUGUAGUUCUCGACAAGGUUAUUUAAGUAUCUUUGAAAUAAUCUGCAAUUGUAAAUAUUUGAGCCAGUGAAAAGUGAAAGUUGUAAAUUAAUGAAAGGUAGAUUUAUUUCGUUAACAAUUAGAAGGUGCUAAGGUGAAAUCUACUAGACUAUUAUAGAUUAAAUUGGUUAAUGAAACUAAAGCUUUUCGUGGCAAACAUUAUUUAAUCUAAAGUUAACUUAAAUGUCCUUAAUCCAAACAAGAUUUUAUUUAUUUCGAUGAAAUAAUUUAAGAUUUAGUUUUCCCUUUUUUCAAAUUUUCGCGGCGAUCAAGGCUGACAAUAAAUUGUACAAAGUAUAAAUUUCCCUGUUUAUAAGGUAUCAAUGGUGGAAUGGAGAUGUAAAAAAAAAUAAGUGUUGGGAUGCAGAACAAAACAGCGACAUCUCCGAGGGUAUAUCCCAGGGAUUUGAUAUCCCUGGGGUUUGGAACGGUUAAGAUCCAGAGAAGAAAAAUUUCUUAGAUUGUGUCCGCUGAAAUGUUGAUUGUUUGCAGAAUUGCAGGAUAAUGUGCUCUUGGUAAUUAAAAAGUCCAAACAAUAAAAUGUAAUGGGAUGAAA